GUUGUGUCUCAUAUGAGUUCACGUUGGACUUUGUUUGUCUUCCUGUUUGGAUGUGAUCAAAUAGCCCAAAUGAUGCAUCAUAAAUCGCUGGUAGCUGUUUUCAUGAAAGUUCUUAUAGAGGUCCUGACACUUUCCAGCCGUGUCAGGCCUCUGAGAUGAAAGAAAACCAUCCAAACUGCACAAUACGAUUUUUUUUCUUCCUCCAAACACCUGCCAUCAGUCUGCCUAUUAGAAAAAACAUUGUUGCACUUUAAAGCCAUUUCAGACCUCUACAAAUAUGAGACGCUACUACACGCGCACAAAUUUGGUGCGAUUGCUCUGUAAAAAUGUCAACAAUGCAAAGACAAGUCGGGGUCCAGAGCUCCCUCCUCGCUGAUGGGGACUGCUUCGACAUGUGGCACGACUACAUGAAGCUGGGCAGGCUGCUGGAGAGGCUGUGCCGCAGGCGUGAGGAGGACCACAGAGACGCCGAGGGCCCAAAGAAGAAGGACCAGGCCGAGCCGUGGAGCCACAUCCGAGUCUCAUCCCGGCAGGAGGAGUACAAACACUCCACAGAGAGCAGCUCAGCCAGCAGCCUGUCUGACACCAGCUGCAGCGGGACUUCCUCGGUCUGCUGCCGCUUCUGCAAGCAGAACGGGGAGUCUCCGAUGGUGUACCGCUCACACAAGCUGAAAUCUGACGAAGGGAGAGUCACCUGCCCCAUCCUUCGGAACUACACCUGUCCCAUCUGUGACGCCACCGGGGACUACGCUCACACACGCAGGUACUGCCCGCAGGCACAGCGGCGCGAGGCUGCGAAGAUGCUGCGAAGGGGCAGAUUCUGGUAAGCUGCUGCUGCUGAUGGACACUGAGAGACUGAGGACACUGAAAAGACUGUAAAUAAUUACCAAAAAAAAAAAAAAAGAAAAGUUUUUAGCCAUGUGUUCAUGUGCGCACAGACUGUUUCAGGUAUAGAAAUGUGCAGCUUGGAGUGAGAUGUUUCAUGUUUGGAGCUUCCCUAUGUUUUGUAAAUAUUUGGAGUGUAAAUUUUCUGAAGUUUUCUUAUGCGACAUCUAUGUUGCAACAGACUUGGCUGCACUUGUUGAACACUAAUUUUGCUAAUAAAACCUGAUUCUACUGAA